AUGGAGGACCUGGGCCCAGGUGCCCACCCCUGGCCUGCCUCCUGCUCCUGGCUGCAGCCUGUGUUCCAUCCCUGCAGCCACCUGGGGAGGCCCCCUGACCAGCACGGCUUUCGUCAGCUCUCCUGUCGAGACCCCCCCGGUGAGGUGUGCAGAGCAGCACCCGAGGGAGCCGCCCUGCCCUGCGGGGAGCCUGUGGGAGAUGCUGCUCCUGCCACGUCCCCGUCGGCUUCCCCAGCUCCUCCGACACAGUGUCUUCUACCUCUGGCCUCCGCCCCGUCAGCAGAACACCAAGACCAAGGUGACUUGAAGGGAGUUCCAGUAGAUACCGUUCUAAAAAGCUCACCUCCAGGUAACCCCUUUUUGGCAUCUCCCAACCCAGCCAUCUCAGACCUUGGCCACUCAAGCUAUUCAAUUUCAGCCCUCUCUUCAUGGCAGGUGACUGCCAGAGCCCUGUGCCUCUCAGCCUCACCACAGUGCGAGUCCCAGCAAGAGCCCGUGGGCCACCUCCCACCUGAGGCCUCAUUCCAGGGAGCCCCCCCAGACAGGCAGGUAGAGACUGGUAGCCUCUCGUGUGUCAAUCCUGGGGACAAGAAGCUGCCGGAGAUACUGCUCACCAGGAGAGCAGAACUAAAGAUGUGGAAGGAGAAGGAAGAAGAGGUGUCAUCGUCAAAACCAACGAACCCAGAAUCUCACCUGGACGCAUUGUGGAAAUCACUGGGCGCUGAGCAGGACACAAGCCCACAGCCAUUCUGGAGCUUCGAGGACAAAGAGCAGGUGCCUGGUCCUCAGCAGUUCUCCUGCCUCCAGUUCCUGGGGGACCAGCUACAGCAGAAAUGCAGCCAGCUCUUCUGGGGUCUCCCCUCUCUGCACAGCGAGUCCCUCGUGGCUACUGCCUGGGUUGCUAGGAACUCCUCUUACCUACAACCUCUUCCAGUUUUAUUCAAUGGACUCUCCAACGACUUUGCAGCUCCCAUUCAGCCUAGCACACCUUCAGGACUUUCCCAGGCCCCGCCGGUGCCCCUCGCUGGGGCUCAACCCCAACCUUGGACUGAAAACUUGCCCCAGUCCCAGCCCCCACCUCUGGCUGGGAUCCAGACCCAGACCCAUGUCAUAACCUCCCUCCCAGUCCAACUACCUUCUUCUCUGCACCAGACGAGGACCUCUGGAGGACCCUGCCCUGCAUCCCAGAAUAAGGGAACAUCUUUCAUCCCCACCGAAGUUCAGCAUUGGGAAUGGCCCUUGUUGCAGAAGCAACGGAAAAGGGAGAAGACUUUCCCCUCUGUGACCCAAAGGUCCCAGGGCCUCUUUAGCCAGCCCUCUCCCAACCAUCCCCAGGAGAGCGGCGCCCCCCAGGGCCCAGUUUCUUUUUUCCAGAGGGACUUUAUCAGCCCUGAUCUCCAGAAGCGACAUCUUCCCGAGAGGCUCGUCAAAGGUGCACAGCCAGGUGGCCUGCACUUCAAGGUCCAGGUGUCCCUGGAGCUGAUGCCGGGGCAGGGCCAACCCCCAGGGCUGCGCCAGGCCCCAGACGAGCAGGGGCGCGGGCAUCUCUCCGCGUCUGCGAGGAAGAGCAGCCAGGACUCACGGAGGACGGCGUCCAGGCACCGCAGACAGUCCCACAGGAAGGGCCGGGCAGGGAAAUUCUCCUGCAGGAGUUCGCAGCGAUGUCUCAGGAGGACCCCAGAAGGUCUCUGCAGAGGCUCCUCCACCUCUGCACUGAAAGUUCUGGGAAUUAACUCCAAAAAUAAGUCAGAAAGAUACUGGAAGCCCUCCAAGAGUGGCUCGGAAACGGGCUUACUUAGCCCCCCUGAGAGCCACCCGGAGAAACCCCUACAAGCGCGUGUGGGCAGGAAGUUAGGCCAGAUCGACCAGGGCUCGGUCCCGGUGAGCGGGGGGCGGUCCCGGCCUGCUCACAGCCAUGCUUUUCCCGGGUGCCGCACGGACACGGAGCCCGGGGCCCCAGCAUCCUGGAAGGGCUGGAGACGCUGCGUGAACACCGCCUGUGCCCUCCCCUUCCUCAGCCCGCACACCCGACGGCUGCUGGAAGGACAUCUCAGCAAGUUGCAGGCGAGGCAGAGAUGGGGCCCCCCCGUCCAGGCCCGUGAGCCCACACCUCUCAAGCCACACGAGGUUCAACGUUCACACCUCGCGCAGCCCCCCUCGCCUCCCUCAGCUGUCUGUGCAUCUGAGGUCCGCUCAGAAGCCGGGUGCCCCAAGGGAUUGGGAAAACCUCCUCAGGUCCUUUCGGAAGAGACUGUGAUCACAAGAGAGUCACUGGGCACUCCAGCAGCUGGUGUCCCCACGCCCUCCCCGGACUUAGAGGGCAUCCAGGAGGACAGCGGAGAGACACCUCCUGCUCCUGGCCAUGGGCUCUCCGGGGCCCCUCUGAGUUGGGAGGAGAGCAGGCAGCCUCCCCAGCCCCCCACACUCAGCCCCGUGGGAAAGCCCCCACAGGCUGGGACUGUCACGGGGGUCGAGAAGAUGAGCCUGGAGCCGACCCCCAGGUCAGCAGGAGCCGGGAAUGAGCCGAGGCAGGAGAGAGGGGUUCAGACCUCAGAAGAGCCCUGCCACGGGGCAGCCGCGCUGGAGACACGCGGGGGGCCCCGCUCUCCCAGGGCUCAGGAGACCAGGGCGGCGGCGGGGGCCGAGGACCCUUGGGAAGUCAUUGUGGGACCCCGCGUGCUGGCCAGUCCCCAGCCCUCGAGGGCGUCGGGGUGGCCAGGGCCCAGCCAGAGCCCCCCGCCACCUGCACAGUGGGUGGCCCGAGAGCCAGGAGCUCCAAGCCUCACAGCUCAGGAGGCUGGGGAGCGGGGGCUCCAGGGGGAGGUGGGGCCGGAGAACCAGCCUCAAGGCCAUGCCACUGGUUUGCUUCUCCGAGACCCCCACACCGACAUCCUCCUCCGAGAUUAUGCCACUGGCAUGUUCCUGCAAGACUGUGCCUCCAGCGUGUUCCUCCGGGACCCUCACACUGACGUGCCCCUUGCUGCAGACAUCCUGGCUGCUCACGGGGCUCUGUGCAGGUCCCAGAGGGAGCCUCUCAGGAGGGACCUGCCAGCUGCCCAGGUGCCUGCCGACCCCGCAGUGAGUGCACAAAGCAGGCAGGGGCCACAGGAGCUCAGGCUAUCAACAGCUAAGGACCCAUGGAAGAACCAAAACAAGAUGUGUGUCCCUCCUGACAGGAGGAAGGACAACAGGAGGCCGGGAAACCGCAAGGAAGGGUUGGCAGGACUGAGGACCUCAGCAGCCGGUGGGCUGGGCCACCCUCCCCAGCUCAGGGGACUAGGAGACACCCUCGGGAGGAAAUGCCUCCAACCCCUGCCCGAGAAAGGACAGGUGUUUUCGGAAAGCGGCUCUGAAAGGAUGAGGCGCCCUGCGCAAGGCGGAGGACCAGAAGACCCCCUUCCCAGAGGCCAGCCCGCCUGGGCCGCGGCCUGCAGCCAGGAGCCGGUGCGGAGCCGGGGGGCGCAGGGCCAGGGGCCCGUGGCAGUGCGGGCCAUCGUGACAGCCGUGGAGCAGGUCCUGGCGCAGAGACUAGCGCUUCGCCACGGGCUUCACGCCGAGGACGUCAUUCAGCACAUCGAACAGUCCCCGGCCCCUGAAGGCUGGCGUUCCCGUCACCACGAGGCUCCCUCCGGGCCAGAGCAGAGAGCGGUGAUGAAAGACCUGUCCUACAGUCACCAAGCCACCCCCAGGGGCCACACGUUUUCUGACAAGAGCGGGUGCCCCAGAGACAGGCACAGCAGGUGGGCCUUCCCACCCCGGGAGCCAGGGGCCCGCGGCCGACCCUGCCAGCAGGGACAGCAGGGUGGCGACAGCCUGGCAGAGGGGUGCAGCGGGGGAAGGUGGAAGGGGACAUAUCGGGGAUAG